CCGACCCUAUUUGGGAACCCCUGCAGAAGUGUGUUACGCACUUAUACACCACAUGCAGCAAUGGGAGCGCAUUUGUGCCGGGCUUUUCGGAGAUUUGCUCGCUGGCACAAGCUCUGCAAUGUUCGGCGCUCGCAGUUUUGAUAGUGUGCAUCGAGAUUUUGGCCGUUUUUCGCGCUUCGCUUUUUCGGAAUACCCCAUCUCAACCCGGGGCCGGCGCGCGCGGAUGCAACGACACAGAUAGAUAGGUACCAGCGGCGUGGAGCAGAGCGUCGUGCACGAUUUGAGGAGCAUUGUGUGGAGCCAAGCCAAGUCGUCAGGUCAGCGGUAAGAUCCGACGAGUUAGUUCUCUGGCGUAGUUCGGUAUCGAACGUUGUUGGAACAGCAGAAAGAAACGAGCGCGCGCGCGUGUGUGAUUUGGAGUUUUUUACUCGCGAAAAGUCUGCGCGGUCGGCUGCCGUCAGCUCAGCAGUACUUGCGGGCUUGAAGAGUUGGUUCGCUGAGGGUUCGAAGCCUCGUGAACUCACCAUCGCGCCGCGAUCAAUCGGGGGACCGUGUGUGUGAUGAUCGUUGCAACCGUGAGCGCGCGCACCCGUAUAUGCCACCAUUGUGGUACAAGUUGGUCGUUUCGUAAUUUGUGCAAUCUUUGUUUUUGUCUCGUUCAAGUUGCUCAUCUUCGCCGCGCGAAGUUUUAAGAUUUUCGUGGUUUCGUUAGCCGUCUUGUUUUUCUCGGUCGGUGAAUUAUUGUGUGCAAAACGUUCACCGGUCGUGAGUGGUUAAUUGGAGUGUAUAUCUGGGAUAGCUUCUCAACAGUAAUUGGCCGGUUUUGUGUACAUCAUGUGAUCACAAUCAACACACAAAAUUAGCAUUUUAUCAACACCACUAACAUCAUCCGGUGGCCCCUGAUUCGUGACGCAAUGUCCGAUUCCUCGAUGAGCUUCCAGAGUAGAAAACAGAUCCAAAUUAACCAACUUCAGUGCAAUUUCGUUCCUCGGAACCACAAACCCAACUAAUCAUGUCGGAAUGGAGCGACCAACGAACCUCGACGCAGAACUCGGAUGACAACGGAAGGAAUGCACUGUCGGAGAUCGAUCUCAAGUCGACGGACCUGUCGACCAGUGAUAACAAUUCGUCGGUGAAUUCCAGCAAGUUCCCGCUGAGACGCAUUGGGGACCUGUUCCGAAGUAAGCUGCGAAGCUCGGGAAGCUAUUCGAUUCGGACGCUCGAGGAUAGCGUACCGCAGGAGUGCAAGAUAGCGGAUAGUACCGUGCAGGAUGUGGAAAAGGUUGCAUCUCCGGCGAAGAAACCGGAUCGUCCGGGACCGGAUGUGACGACGGCGGCCGUGGUCGUAAAUGAAAAACCAACGCGCAGUGGAAGCAGCGUGGUCGGUGCUUCCAGCAGCGGUGGGACGGCAUUGCGGGCGCGCCGGAUGUCCACUCUGAGCCGGACUAUACAGCGACAGAAAAGUUUAAUCGCUAGCAUCAACGGUGAGAGAGGUCAAUCCACGGUGCGCUCAGCUAGCAAUGGCAACAAACGCCAGUCCAUCAGCAGCCAGGAUACUUCCGGUGAUGUCGAGUCUGACGUGGUGGUGGGAAAAUCCGUCGGACGGGAGCGCAUAAACUCGACUUCGCACUAUUCGACUGAGAAAAGCGGGUCCUCGGGUUACUACAGUACAAAUAUUUUCUUUGCGGGCGGUUCUGUGGCGGAGGACCACAUCUACUACGAGCCGGUUGUGAACCGAGUUCGGAAGGCACCCUCGGAAAGUGGGAGCAAGCCAACCGGCUCAACCGUUGGCAAGAGAGAAGGCAUUUUGAAGAAUAGUAAGUCGCAGGAUGCUAGUAAAGCUCAGAAGAAUGGCAAAACAUUAGAAAAGUACUAUUACCCGGCUACCUUGGAAAACGUGUCCAAUGACGUCGCAAUUAUGCGUGCGAAACCGUCGAGCAGAGAUGAGAAGCUUACCGACAAUACCGAGGGUCCGGAUGGAUCGAUUCCACGUCCAAUAUGGCCGCUGGAUGUGGACGAUUCAUUGGCGGACAUCAAUCUGGAGGCAUUUAAAAUGCGGCACAAUAGCCAGCAGAACUUAAUAGGAUUAGAAAGUUCGGCUUCAUCGAAUUCGGACAACGAACUUUACUCGGUUAGCAAGAAAAAUCAAGAUGACACAGCAAAAAAGAAAUUCCAGUCGCAGUCGCAGUACGAGGAAUAUCUGGAAUUUCACAAUACACGCAAUAUUUUGGAACAGAUUCGUGGGAAGCUCAAUACUCUACUAGAACAAAGAACAGAGGGUCAGAAACAGGCCGAUAACAGCAAUGGGCUCACGCAGGCAGAAGCCGAGCUUGAAGAAAACAUUGCUAACCUGAAGUCAGACUUGGAAGGCUACCUGCAAUCUAUGAAUCAAAAGAAUGAGAAUGAAAUCAAACGCUUCUGUAAGGGAAUGUCGAAGGAUGCCAAAGUGGUAGCAGUUCAGAAUGCCGUUGAACAGCGUCACCGUUCGCGCGGUUCAUCGGUGAAUUUCGAAAACGACUACGAAGUUCUUGAGAACCACAGGGUCUUUGAGCAAUCGUAUUACCCCUCAACGGCUCAAAGGACUCUCACGAGGUAUCCCAAUCCCGGUGAUCAGCCAUCACUUUUUGAAACGGUCUACGUGAGGGACGGCUUCAACGUUCGUCAGCUGAAUCGGCCUGCCCCGAACCCGUUCGCUCAGGAAGCUCGCUCCACUCAAAUGCUGCUGAAUCAGCGAUCGAUCUACGUUCAGCCGCAGCAGUUGCAGCAGCAGCAGCACCAGCCGAUUCGUUAUUUGAGCAACGCGGAGAUCAACGCUAUGAGCAACUAUGAGGUAUGCGAACGAAGGCCUAGCAAGGUGUCGAUCGAGAUACCCGAAGAAGGAAGCAAAAGUGCACACUUAGUGGUAGACAGUGGUGUUGGGAUGGGAAUCGUUAGCGAUCUGGUUACGGAGGGUCGCGUUAGGCGUAAGUCAGAGUUAAGCAAUAGCAAUAAUGUAGGGAAAAAUGGCGAUGUGAGUGAUUUUACGUUGCAACGUGUGAUUUUGAUGGAAAGUUUGGGCAAGAAUGGCAAGAUGUUUGGUGAUAAGGAGAAGAUGCUGUUGGAGUAUCAUUUGAACAAACCGAGCUACUGGGAGCUGUACUAUGGUGCAAAUCGGGAGGAACAUAAACCACACCACACGCUGAUACGGAAAGUGAAGAUUGGAGGAAAGAACGCCAUAUCGGUUUCAUAUGUAAGUCACCUUGGAGCACAUCCGUUUGAGAAUUACGCUUUCAUAAUUGGUGAGUCAAAUCAUCCAGAAAUGUUAUCGAUCAUUCAUGUGACGGAACAGGCGUUUAAUACGAUCCAAGGCUUCCAGGCAGACGACAAAGUUUUUUCAAAAUCUUCUCUGCUUCCUUAUACUGCCAAAGUCAAGGUUUAAACAUCAUAUUUGCUAAACUUUAUACCAACGGUAGCAGUACGCACAAAUGAUGAGCUUUUAGAACCAUCAAUGAGUUAUCAGCGAAAAACGAAAAAAAAAACCUGCCUUGAAACAUGCUGUUAUCAAAGUCCCAUCGGCAUAUGACAACGCGGGUCAUCUUCAUGAACCGAAGCAGCACGAUCACUAGCUGUGCUCUGCGUGUUGCACAUUCAAUGGCAAGGUCGUCCACAGCAACGCAAAGGACGUCGAUCGUCGGCUGACUGGUUGCCGUUGCAGUGCAGAGUACGGCGAAACGUGGCGCUACGUUCAGUAGGUAAAUGCUGUGAAAUUUAAGAGACACUCUCUACCCGUGGGCUGUUGUAGCUGUCGCGACAGUCAGUGGCGUCGUCGCCGCCGUCGAGUUGAAGAAGAUCUCGGGACCCGUAACCACUCUCGGUGUGUUCGAUGCGUUCACCUUGACCUUCUUAAUUUACUUCAAACAACAUCUCGAAAGAGCACGCAAGUCGUUCGUUGAGAUGAGUGGAAAACGAAGCUAAAAAAGCUAUAAACAAAUAUAGUAGAGAAGUGAAUCUCCGGUUGAGUUUGGUGGACACAGUUGUUUGCAACUGUUCGUUUGCUUCUUCAGAACUGCGCCUGAAGCACAUGCUGUGCGUGAUUGUCUGGUGAUUGAUAAAAUGCGAAACAUGCCGCUACCGGAGAAUGUUCGUCGACGGAAUGCGCGUAUGCAAGCGCAAGGUGGUGUCUUCGGGGUGGACAGACAGAAUGCAAACACAUCAGCCCUGGUGGAAACCGGUUGAAUGAUGUGAUUAUUUUUUCGGGACUUUUUUGCAAUAUGUUCACCUGCAAGCAAUACGUUUGCUGCCCGUUGGCCGCUAGGUCAACCCACUAUGUCUUUUCUGAUUGAUUGGUUGAUUAGUACGAGGAUACUGGCGAGAACCGUUGGCUGUCCCACUGUUCUGCAGACCUUCAACUAAUUUGGCAUCUUCCAUGUUGCAGUGGUUGACAUUUUUUUUUGACAAUUUUUCAUUACCUUCACAGAAUGGGACAAAAAUAUAGGUAUACCUGGAGAUUUUUCCCAUGCUGUGCUUCAGA